AUGCACAAGGGCUGGAAGAAAUACUUCGGGCAGAAGUCCCUGAAUGAUGUGACUAUGGAUGAAUAUCUGGGGAGCCUGGGGCUCUAUAGGAAGCUGACGGCCAAGGACGCCUCAUGCCUUUUCCGCGCUGUGUCCGAGCAGUUGUUUUACUGCCAGAUUCACCACAAUGAAAUAAGGAAAAUCUGUGUGUCUUAUAUGCGGAAGAAUGAAAACCUCUUUGACUCUUAUGUGGAAGGGCCUUUUGAAAAGUAUCUGGAGCGAUUAGAAGAUCCCAAGGAGAGUGCUGGUCAGCUUGAAAUCUCUGCUCUUUCCUUGAUUUUCAAUCUAAAUUUCAUUAUUUAUAAAAGUCCUGGAAAACCACCUACAUACGCUACAGAAAAUAACUGUGAUGGAAAGAUAAUGCUGUGUUCUUCCAGCAAUGGUCAUUAUGACUCUGUCUUUUCCAAACAAUUUCAAGCAAAUGCUGCCAUAUGUCAAGCUGUUCUGUACGAGUGUCUGUACAGAGAUGUCUUUGGAGUGGAUGAGCGAGAGUUGACCUCUGCUGUUGAACUUUUCCGAAGUGGUACCAAGAAAAACCGAAACAGUGCCUCCACUGGCAGCGAAGAUGCGAACUAUGACUGCACUCCAGAACAACCAACUAAAGCACCAGGUGACCGGAGGGCAGAUGACUGGGAUAGAAAAGACUUUGAAAAUUCCUCAGAAGACAAAACCAAGCAGGGUUUGGAGGAAGCAAAGUCUACAGAGAACCCUAACAAGAUGCCUUUUCCGUAUAAAGUAUUGAAGGCGCUUGACCCAGAAAUAUAUAGAAAUGUGGAGUUUGAUGUCUGGUUAGACAGUAGAAAAGAGCUUCAGAAAACUGACUACAUGGUGUUUGCUGGAAGGCACUAUUGUCUGGGUGACAAAUGUCAGGUACGUCUAGAGCCUGGAGGACGUUACUACAAUGCCCAUAUCCAAGAAGUUGGUCAAGAUACUAACUCUGUAACGGUGUUCAUUGAAGAACUUGCAGAAAAGCACCUUGUCCCACUUGUCAAUUUAAAACCUGUCACUCAGGUUAUCCCAGUUCCUGCAUGGAAUUCUGCCAAUAACCGGAAAGGAGGGAACUACCAGAAAAUUCCAGGAGCUUACAAUGGUGACAUAGAUCUUGAUCUGAAGGCUCGCAAGAGGCUCUUCAAGAAAGUACGUGGGAAGGAGACUCCAGGAAACCUUGCCUCUUAUGAACAUUUCCGGCCUCCUCAAUCUCCUCAUCGACAAGGCAGAAGCUAUGGAUUCCCAAAGGGUUCACCUCGAUACAUUAACAGACACCCCGUGAUCAGCCCUGAGAUCUCAUUUUAUCACAGUCCAGGAAAGAGAUGCUACCAGACCUUUGAUAAUUACUCCUACCGAACCCGGUCCUACAGCCGGAGCAGGAGACCAAUCCCAUGUGUAAACAAAGAAUGCCAGUUUGGAUUUGUACCUGACCGAGAAGAUGAACCUCGAGGUUUGGAUGACGCUAUUACGUAUUAUGAACUUGAGGAAGGAGAUGAUGCAACAUUUGUCCCCCUAGCUAAUCAGGGCAGCACAAUGGUACCGACUGCAGGUUUUUGGGUUGCGAGGAGUAGUCCUGGUCCUAUUGGCUCAGGGAAGCAGAAUAUGAAUUCAUCGGAGGAUGAGAUAGAAGAGCCGAGUGAUGGUGGAGACUAUCAUGGAGACUUCAUCUAUACUUCAGAAGCUGCCUUUGAUAACUCUUCAUUAUAUAGUGCAACAGAGUCAACACAGAACUUGUCUCUACAAGAUGAUGUUUCCAGAGUUGUGCCUACUCAAGAUGACAUGGCUUAUAAGUACACAGAUCAGGUCACCUCAGUUAUACCUGCAUCAUCCUGUGCAAAUUCUGCAUCAGCUACGGUGAUGUCUUCCAGCUCUGCUGUGGUCAUCCCAUCCACAAGCACAUCAUCUGUCUUACCGCAGACAGCUGUACAGCCCAUGAUUGCCUCUCCACCUCCCGCUGCUGGCAGGCCAGCAACGAGUACUCCUGGGGACAUGGGAGACUGCACUGUUCCUCUACCGCCGCCACCUCCUCCUUAUUCUUGUGAUCCAAGUGGCAGUGACUUGCCUAGAGACACCAAGGUUUUGCAGUAUUAUUUUAAUCUUGGACUGCAAUGUUAUCAUCAAAGUUUCUGGCAUUCUAUGGUUUAUGUGCAACAGGCCCCACCACAAGCCCAUGUUGAGCCUUACCAGGCUUUUCCUGAACCAAUAUCUAUAGUCGACCAGUCUGUGCCUCCAAUAUACAAUGAAAAUAGACCAAUGACGCUCGAUAGUGGAGGCACUUUUCCAAAUGUGGAUUCAAUGCUUCCCCCACAUGGAGCCGUUUAUUACCCCUUUGUGACAGAUCCAUACAGUCAGCCACCACCAAUAGCUGGCUUUGAUUCAUGUGUGCCUAUUGUGCCUACUUAUCACUAUUUAGGGCCUUGGCAACCAAUAAGCCAACCCUACAGCAAUUCCCCCCGGGUACACAAUACUGUUAAUACUGGACAUAUACAUCAAGUGAGCUACAUCGCAACACCGACUCCCACCACCCACUUUGUGCCCCAAGCUAUAUGA